GAAUGUCACCACCACUCUCCGCCCACCUGCAGGAGCAGGCGCCACCGCCGCAAGGGAGAGGGAGACUGCGAACCGCUUACUCGCCAGUGAGGAACAUGCGCUGUGGAGUUAAACAUGGCGUCUUAAAUCAUUACCGCAGAAAUUGAGAUAGAUCGGUAAGAAGCCACCGCUAUCGCAAAUCGCAACAGAUUAUGUUACUUGGGUUUGCUUCAGCUAUCUAUUGAUCGGCGAACAUCGUAGAAAGGAUAAAUAAUCAUGCCGGUUUCUGCUGCAGGGGUCUUUUUUGACCCAUCACCCUCUGAUUCAAAAGAUGGUAAAAAAGAGAAACCAGGAAAGAAUAACCAAACAAAUGACAUCAUUCCAAAUAAUGAACAUUUUAGCUGGGAUGAAUAUUUAAAGGGAAGUGGUGCCAUUGCUGCUCCAGCUCAUAGUUUCAGACAGUCUAGAAUUCCACCUACAAAUGAAUUUAAAGUUGGGAUGAAACUAGAAGCCCGUGACCCCCGAAAUGUCACCUCAGUCUGUAUAGCUACAGUGAUUGGAACUACUGGAGCAAGGCUUCGGUUGCGAUUAGAUGGCAGUGACAAUAAGAAUGAUUUCUGGAGACUUGUGGACUCCUCGGAUAUAGAUCCUAUUGGAGCAUGCGAGAAGAAAGGAGAUAUGCUUCAACCUCCACUUGGCUUCAGAAUGAAUGCAUCCUCAUGGCCAAUGUUUCUGUUAAAGACACUGAAUGGAGCAGAAAUGGCACCACCAUCCAUCUUUAAGAAAGAGCCUCCCAAACCACCACACAGUCAUUUCAAAGUUGGGAUGAAGCUGGAAGCAGUGGAUAAGAAGAACCCUUUUUUGAUUUGCCCAGCAACCAUAGGAGAUGUUAAAGGGGAUGACAUUUUUGUUACUUUUGAUGGUUGGAGAGGAGCUUUUGAUUACUGGUGCAAGUACUACUCUCGUGAUAUCUUCCCUGUAGGGUGGUGCGAGAUAACAGGGCACAUAUUGCAACCUCCUGGAAACAAUGUGACUCUUACAAAGAGUAUUCUAGAUACUCCAUCUUCUCCUGCCAAAGCAGGUCGACAUUCAAUGAAUUCUCCACAGAAAUCCACAGGAUCCACCACAGUAGCAGACCAGAAAGGAAAGAAAUCACGUAGGGGGCGACGACCUGGAUCAUUGUCUGCUGCAAGGAAGGUCAAAAUACUGAAGAACAGCUUGGCAGAAUCUCCCUCCCAAGCAAGAACUCCGAAAAGGAGAGGUCAGGGCUUGAAACCUGGACGAAAGAAAAAAUCAGAAACUGUUCAAAGUCCUCCACCACCCCCUCCUCCCAUCAACUCAACGGAUGCUGACACGCUCAGUUCCCAUGUGUUAAAAGAGAAUGACACCAUACUUGGUGGAGCAUCAUCUGUAGUAUCAACAGUCUGUGUUUACGUCAACAAACAUGGUAUCUGUGGGCCACAUCUGGACAAGAAGAAGGUACAGCAGCUUCCUGACCAUUUUGGGCCUGGUCCUGUCAACAUGGUGCUACAACAGGCAGUGCAGGCCUGCGUGGAUUCCUCCUAUCAGCCAAAAACUGUCUUUGGCUUCUUGAAGUCUGGUCAUCAUGGAGGAGAGACAAUAACUGCAUUCUUCGAUGGUGAGAAGCAUACUGUUUGUCUUCCAUCUGUAAAUAGUGCAUCCUUUGUGCUACGUUUUCUGGAGAAGUUGUGCCACAGUCUUCAGUGUGAGAACCUAUUUAGUAGCCAACCGUUCAGUCCCUAUGCAGGACCACCACACAGUCCUUCAGAAUAUGGCAGAAGCAAACCAGCAAGGGAACAAAUGGCGGACCCAGAAACUGUUUCUCAGGGGCCUAAAGUUUAUCCCCAAAAAAAGAAACCUCACUCAGCACCUGACUCUCCCAAAAUGCCUAGAUCAGAGAGUUCACCUGCUCCGACUUCUGGUGAGGGCAGGGGUCAAUUUACAAAGGAGACACUGCCACCAGAAGAAAAUGGGACUGUAAAAGAACACAAGUAUUUGGAAGAAUCUACAGACACUGCCCUGAAUUUGGUGAACCCUCCUAGUCCAUCUCGACGGAAUAUAAUUGAAUAUCGUACCUCAGGAAGCACUUUGUACUACAGAAGUUCUGUUCAGCCAGUGACUGCUACCUCAAAUCCUGCACCUGUUGUACGCCGGCAUUCCUCUAGCUCCACAGGAAACAGUGGCUAUUUUGAAGUCAACCGGAGCUGGAUGCAAAGAAGGAUAGAAGCUGCAAGUUCUACAACUGGACCUGAUCUUCACACACCAGAACGAGAGCCUUCAAGGGUUUCCAGCAAAGACCCUUCAGCGUGGUCUAUUGAGGAAGUGAUGCGAUUUGUGAGAGAUGCCGAUCCUCAGGCAUUAGCACCACAUGCAGAACUCUUCAGGAAACAUGAAAUUGAUGGAAAGGCGUUGUUGCUGCUAAGAAGUGAUAUGGUAAUGAAGUACAUGGGUCUUAAGCUGGGGCCAGCUCUAAAGCUUUGUUAUCACAUUGAGAGACUUAAACAAGGGAAAUACUAGGCUUUCUGGAUACCAAGUCUUGUGCACCAACAGGCGGACCUCAUUUACAUACAAGGCUUUGUUUUCUUCUCCUACUUCAAGAAUCACUGAUGAAGCAUUGUCUGUGCGGUUGCUGGACAAGGAAAGUACUCUACACCCUACACAGUGAUACAGGGAAAAAGCAUAUAACAAGCGGAUAUUUUUGAUCCCUCUUUUAUGGAGUAUUUUUAACAACCUUACAUAAAAUGGAUAUAUUCAUUAUCACGUUCUCAGUUUUACAUCUUUAUUGCACAUGAUGCAGCAGCAUUUUGAGCUGUACCCUUUUUUGGCAGACUUCUAGUGUUUUAUGUAGAUUUUUUUUAUCAAAACCAAACCAGCUGAAGCCCAAAGGAUAACCGUUUGAAAACAUUCCACGUUAAUGUACGUGGGCAAGUGUAUACUUCUGUAUUAAAAGAAGGCUUUAAGUUAUCCAGCACAGAAGAAUGGCCUUGGCUUAAUAGAGGAUAUUUUUUGGGAUUUCUAGUGCUCCAGUGGAGCAGCAAACCUCAUGUACAGCUGUGACAAUUUCCAGGAAGAGAAAAUAACUAUGAUUAAUAGUUUCUUUCUCAAGAUUUAUUUUGUUAUGCACAGGUAUCUUCGCCUUGAUAAAUUAUGCAGACUUGCGUUGUAUAUUUCCUUGGCAAAUGCUUUUCUGCCCUUGUUAUGAAGAUUGUAGUCUCAUAUCUACCAUUUGUAUCUGAUUUACUUAGCUUUGUGUAUAUGCUCAUUUGUUUGUUUUGCUACACAUUAUUUUCUGUUAUUUAAACUAGGAAAAUGUUGCAGGUUACAAUGUCCAUGCUUUUUGAAAUAUAAUGAAAUAUAUUUUACUAAUAAAAGCGAUGUACAAACUGGGGUGUAAUAAACGGGUAAGUUAAGUAA